UUGACCCCACACUGGCCUUGCGCGGCCCUCCUGGUGGCCUCGGACGUGAAGGGGUCUAUGCGCACCCACAACAGGGAGAAGAUGGAUGCAAGCAGAAUGGACCAGACGAUGACAAUGGUGGGCGUGCGGUUCUGCCUCCCGAGCAGACCCUUGAGGAAGGGAGGUGGACAAUCACCCAUAUGGCAAAGAAGAGCUUCCCGAAAAGCGGGCCCCACGACUGUAGUCGGGGGAAUCAAGAGGGAAGUCCACUUGAAAACGUACAGCUCAGCAAAAUCCCCGUCAUCAUCCGAUGCUUUUGAUGUCACGGUGAAGUUGGUGUCGAUCCCGGCUAACACUUUGAGAAGGCCCUGGAAAACUGCAAAAAGGUGGGCCGAUGUGCCGCCGAUGACCCAGAACUGCUCGUUACGCCACCAGUCUUCCACACUAACCCCACUCCACCGCAUCUCCAGGAUGCCAGUCGCAAAUAUGGACACAAACAGCAGAAUGAACCACAUGCUUGCGAAUGAUGAAUUUGUUGGUGAGAAGACAGAUGGCAGGGAGAAUGCAAUAGGCGAGCAAGGGAAUAGAGGUGAGAGGGUAAACAAUGGUGUUGAUGUACGCGAGUCUCUCGAGGAGCUGCAGUUUGCCUUGAUAGCCGAUUUCGAUGGAACCCAAAGCCCACCUAAGCACCUGGUUCAAACGAUCAGAAAGAUUGAUAGGAGCCGACCCCUUGAAAGCCGGGCGAGGAGGCAUGCAGUAGAUCGAGAUCCAUCCUCGCGCGUGCAUCUUGAAACCCAAUGUGAAUGUACCGUACGUACCUCUUUGCCCCACUCAGUCUUGUCCUCGUAUCCACAGCUGAUGACAUGGAUUGCUUCUUUCAAAAGAGAAGCAGGAUUUGUGGAUGGUGGAAUGCCUCCCAUUUCCAUGAAAGUGGCUGCAAUGAACACUGGAGACUGA